ACAUACCUCUCCCCCAACUCUUUACUAUAGUUUCAUCUCCCUUGUUCCUUCUCAAACUCAAAACACAUUUAUUGAAGCUCUACUAUUCUGAACUGGAUUGACUACCAUAUCAUCAUUAAUUAUGGCUUCCUUUUGGUCCUUCAUGGCAAUGUUCAUGGUUUUAAUGGCUUAUUCUUCUUCUUCUUCACUAGCUACUAAGAUUUCCUCAAUCUCUGCAGCACCUGCAGCUUUACCAGAUGCUCCAGCCCCACUAUCUUCCUCUCCAACCUUAUCCCCAGAUAUUUCUCCUUUGUUUCCUUCACCUUCUGGUGUGCCAAUUUCUCCAAGUGAGUCAUCACUGCCCACAAUUCCAUCAAGCCCAAGCCCACCAAACCCUGAAGCUACUGUUGCUGCUCCUGAACCAGAAUUGGGUUUUUCACCAUCUGGGUCUCCAAUGCCAGUUUCUCAUUCAGUUUCUGUUACUUCAUCUCUGCCUCUACAUGGAAUUUUCUUUCUUGGGUUUCUGGUUUUCUAUGUAAUGCAGGUUUCUGGUGUUUGAGAGAUUUUUCAUUUUUGUAAUCUUGGUGGAACUGGAAAAGCUUCAAUUAUUGUGUAAUAGUGAUUUCACUUUAUGUCUGGUAGUAUAUAGAAUGCUGUAGUGUGAUGUUAGGGUAAAUGGAGUCUCUGUCAUUCCUAUGAAUUGUGAUAGGAUAUUGUAUCCAAAAGAAUUUAGAAAAAUAAAAGCUUCUAUUUUGUGAUA